AUGCCCUUCUUGGAGAAGACAUGUCCACCACCACUGUGGUCGUCCUUCCCCACCAGCCGCCUAAGUAGCCAUCAGACCCGUGAGUCUGCCCGGGCCAUCACUCCAGGUUGCCCGUCUGCGCCUCCAUCGCCGCCGGCAGCCAUCCCGACCAUCAUCACGCCCACGAUGGGAAACUCUCAGUCCAAACCCCCCCGCCGCCACAGCUCCUUCCUGGGCUCCAUCCGUCGCUCGCUCUCUCGCUCCUCCACCAAAUCGACGAAGUCCUCCAAGUCCUCCAAGCGAGCCUCCGGUAUCAGCCUGUGGGACCCUCCCGCCUACGACUCCCUGCACUGGACAGCCCCCAACACCUCAGACGGCUCCCUCGGCGAGAACGACUCGCGCUACGCCUUUCUGAAGGACUUCGACACGAUUUUCCUUGUCGACGACAGCUCCAGCAUGAGUGGUGCCCGCUGGCGCGAAGCCGAAGCCGCCAUCGCCGCCAUCGCUCCCAUCUGCACCCAGCACGACGCCGACGGCAUCGACAUCUACUUCCUCAAUCACCGGCGGGCUGGUAUGGACACCCAGACCGGCGCCUAUAAAAACGUCACCACCGCCGCCACCGUCCAGAACAUCUUCCGCAGCGUGAUGCCGCGCGGGUCCACCCCCGUCGGCCGCCGCCUCCUCGAGAUCCUGACGCCUUACCUGCGCCGCGUGGAGCGAAUGCAAGCCGCUGCGGAGUAUCCACUGCCGGAUCCGUCCAUGUACGUCAAACCGGUCAACAUCAUCGUCAUCACGGACGGCGAGUUCACAGAUGAUGCCGAGAGUGUGAUCGUGCAGGUGGCGCGGCAGUUGGACGGGCCCCGGUGUGCGGCGCUGCCGUGGCAGGUCGGCAUUCAGCUCUUCCAGAUCGGAGACGACGAAGACGUGCGCCGAUAUCUGCAGGAGCUAGACGAUGAUCUUGGGAAAUGGUGCCAAGACGAGAAAAUGCGGGAUAUCGUCGAUACCGUGCCCUGGCAGGGGAAGUUUGGCGGGGGCUUGGAUGCCGAUGGCAUCUUGAAGUGUGUUCUGGGGGCGGUCAAUAAGAAGUAUGACCGACGACGGAUUUAG